UGAAGACAGAGAAUACUCAUUACUGACAAGUCCCAGUUUCUUCAACUUGUUAAAUUCUCAAAAAUUAAUCAUUAUUGAUUUGAAAAUCCUCACCUUCAUUCUAUUUGAUUGUUGUCCACAAAAAAAUUCGAAAGCAUUGAUGUUUUGAAGAUAAACGUGAUACAAAUGUAAUGAAUUAUCAGAGUAUCUUCUGUCUAAUCUAAUAUUAUGCUUUCCUAUCUAGGAUAUUUAGAGUGUCUGAAAAAUGCAUGGUUUUGUUGUACAGCAGAAUUAAUCAGAAAUGACAAUUUCUCUGAAAUGUCAAGACUUUUCCUGAUUUAAUGAAUGCCCAACAUGUAAUACAUAUAAAUAUUGUUUAAAUGUUUUUAGAUUAUCUCAAAAGUUGUAAAAAAAAAAAAAUAGACCCCUCCUGUGACAUCUGUCUAGCCCACCUCACAUUUUCUGAAAAUAUCUCUCUUCAGCAUAGAUAUAGGAUCAAAGCUCAGUUUGUUUUGAACAUCUCAGGCCCCUCUAUGGUUUCAAACAUUUGGAUCGAGUGAUGGGCAUUGCCAAUCUAAACUGAGCCAGUCUGAUCCUGGUUACCUUUAAAUUCACUUUAGAAACCAGAUGUAUUCUAGUCUCUCUGUUAGGAACGUUACAAGAAAGUGGUGUCAUCUUUUGGUGACGUAUCAAAUGUCAAACCUCUGGGAGAUGAAAGGAAAGACAAACCAAGCAAGUAACCUCGUGGAGGACCUUCAUUUUCACACGGCUUUCACUAUUGGGUUGGGAACUGGGGACAGAGAACUGAGACGCACCCUUGUAACAAAUGCUCCUCAUACAGCUUAGUAAAUGGUGGGUUUUUUUUUUUUCUAAAAGCAUGUUUUGAUAUUCUUGCCUUGAUUAGUGAACUAUACCUGUUGAUUUUACUUUUAUUACAAAACACAAUUAAAAUGUUUGCAAACUAUUACAGUAGCAUAGAACGGACGUGUGAAGCUUUUGUCUAAAAGGAAAAAUUUGAAGAUAGGAGUAGUGGUAGUCUCAGGAGGCUGAGGCAAGGUCUUGACAAGCCUUAGUAUUUUUCCUUUGAUAAAAAGAUGGUUUAGAUAACUCCUUGCUGUUUCCGAUGACUAUUAGAAGAGAGUAGAGAAUUGCGACUGAGGAAAGUGCUGUCUUGCUUAUUCAGCUUAUUAUAAAAUAAAUUAUAAUCCAAAGCAAAAACCAUUUACAAUAGGAAAAACUUCUCACAAUUUUGUGUUUUAUUCUAUGAUGAAUUAAGCAGAUAUUUGCUGAGACUCUUCUCUGUCCUAAAUAUUAUUUUGGAUAAUGGGGUGCAGCAGUAAUGCCAGCAAUGGGGAGUACUUACAGGUUACACAAAGGAAAUAACCCAACAUAUUCCUUUAUGCUGCAUAUGAUGAAAAAUACCUGAGAGAAAAAUAUGGGGUAAGAGGUGCUUUCAUAUGAACUUUUCCAUAGUUGAAUUGUUGUAUACAAUUUUAAGUUGCUGAUCGUAUGUAGAAAAUAUAAACUAGAAGUAACAUGUAAGUUUUCUUUAUGAAACCCAACCAAGUGGAACCACAAUUUUGGUACCUAGGAGACAUAAAAUUACAAAGAAACCCCAUAAGUAUUAACCUCACUUUAUGCUGAAAGAAUUUUAAGGAACCACGUGGCUAUAUGUUACUAAUUUUACAAAGUGACUGAUCAAUCACUAUUGUGUCUUUUUCUCUCUCUCAGUUUCGCCUAAAAUGUCUCCAGCUUGUCUGUGUUGUUUAUUCUUGUGAUUUUUAGAAUCUAGGGUAUUAAUAAGAAUUAUUAUUUUGUUGAGCGAGAGACUGGAUAAUUAAAAUAAUGUUAUUUAGUGUUUAAACUUCUGACCACCAAAUAGACUGUAAAAAGAAUGGAACCAUGCAGCGAUCUGUUGAAGGGCAUAGUCAACGCAUGGUGGCGCUGCAGGCUAAGACUUUAAAAAUGAGGACCGCGACAAGGAGAAAAAAAAAAAAUGCUUCUUCAGAUCCCAGGCAGAGCUCAGACCUUUGAGACUCCAGAGAAUGCUGCUAAUCUACACUUGGGAGCAGGCUAUUAACUGACAGGUCGACCACUGUCUGGAUGCCCUUAUACCCUGGGUGCAGAAGCAAAGAUGAAGAUUGGAAGGGAACACAGACAAAGGCAAGUUCUGUUGAUCUUUCUCUUGCUGGGAGUGGCUAGGGCGAGCUGGGAACCCCGCCGCUACUUUGUGAUGGAGGAAACACCCAGCGGCACUGUUUUGGCAGAUCUAGUCCAGGACCUAGGGCUGGGAGUUGCGGAGCUAGCUGCUCGAGGAGCCCAGGUAGUCUCUGAGGAAAAGGAAUCCCGCUUGCAGCUGGAUCUACAGACUGGGAAGCUAAUCUUAAAUGAAAAACUGGACCGCGAGGAGCUGUGCGGCUCCACUGAGCCCUGUGUCACUCAUUUCCAAGUGUUACUGAAAAAACCACUGGAAAUAUUUCAAGCUGAGCUACGAGUAGGAGACAUUAAUGAUCAUUCUCCCGAGUUUCCUGAAAGAGAAAUGGCCGUGAAAAUCAUAGAGAAUAGCCCUGUUGGCACUGUGUUUCUACUCAAAACAGCUCAGGAUUUGGAUGUGGGAAAUAACAGCGUUCAGAACUAUAAGAUUGGUACCAACUCUCAUUUCCACGUUUCCAUCCGCAACCAAGGUGAUGGAAGAAAAUACCCAGAGCUGGUGCUGGACAAAGAGCUUGAUCGCGAGGAGCAGGCAGCGUUCAGAUUAACUCUGACAGCGCUGGAUGGCGGUUCUCCUCCCAGGACUGGCACCUCGCAAAUCCGCAUUGUUGUCUUGGAUGUCAAUGACAAUGCCCCUGAGUUUGCACAGGCUUUCUACCGGGUGCAAAUUCCAGAGAACAGCCCCUCAGGUUCCAUGGUUGCUAAGGUCUCUGCUAAGGAUUUAGACACUGGGACAAAUGGAGAGGUAUCAUACUCUCUUUUUCAUAGGUCUCAGGAAAUGAGCAAAACUUUUGAGCUAAACGCCCUGUCAGGAGAAGUUCGGCUAAUCAAAGCACUGGACUUUGAGACAACACCUUCAUAUGAACUAGACAUAGAGGCAACUGAUGGCGGGGGUCUUUCUGGAAAAUGCUCUGUUUCUAUUCAGGUGGUGGAUGUCAACGAUAAUUACCCAGAACUAAUCAUAUCAUCGCUCACCAAUCCAAUCCCAGAAAAUUCACCAGAGACAGAGGUGGCUCUGUUUCGGGUUCGAGACCGAGACUCUGGAGAGAAUGGAAGGACAAUUUGUUCCAUCCAGGAUAGUGUUCCCUUUACACUGGAACCUUCCGUUGAGAACUUCUAUAGACUGGUGACAGAUGGAGCUCUGGACAGAGAGAUCAGAGCUGAGUACAACAUUACCAUCUCCGUCACCGACCUGGGUAUACCCAAGCUCACAACCCAGCACACCAUAACAGUGCAGGUGUCCGACAUCAACGACAAUGCCCCCGCCUUUACUCAAGCCUCCUACACCAUGUUCGUCCACGAGAACAACAGCCCUGCAUUGCACAUAGGCACCAUCAGCGCCACAGAUUCAGACUCAGGCUCCAAUGCCCACAUCACCUACUCACUGCUGCCACCCCAAGACCAGAGGCUGGCCCUCACCUCGCUAAUCUCCAUCAACGCUGACAACGGUGUGGAUCGCGACUCUGGACAGAAUGCCUGGCUGUCGUUCCAGCUACUCAAGGCCACGGAACCUGGGCUGUUCAGCGUGUGGGCGCACAAUGGUGAGGUGCGCACCACCAGGCUGCUGAGUGAGCGAGAUGCGCCCAAGCACAGGCUGCUGCUGGUGGUCAAGGACAAUGGAGAGCCUCCGCGCUCUGCUAGCGUCACACUGCAGGUGCUAAUGGUGGAUGGCUUCUCUCAGCCCUACCUGCCUCUGCCAGAGGUGGUGCGCAACCCCAGUCACCAGGAAGGUGAUGUGCUCACGCUGUACCUGGUCAUAGCCUUGGCUUCUGUGUCUUCUCUCUUCCUUUUGUCUGUGCUGCUGUUUGUGGGGGUGAGGCUGUGCAGGAGGGCCAGGGAGGUCUCUCUGGGUGGCUGCUCUGUGCCCGAGGGACACUUUCCUGGCCACCUGGUGGAUGUCAGUGGCACAGGGACCCUGUCUCAGAGCUACCAGUAUGAGGUGUGUCUUUCAGGAGAUUCUCAGAGUAAUGAGUUCAAGUUCUUGAAGCCUGUGUUUUCUGGUAUUGUAGACCAAAACUAUGGUAGGCAACCAGAUGAUCAGUCCUUCCCAAGUGUUUUAGGCAUGUGAAACUUCACAUUUCGCUCUCUGCAUUCUUCUGUCGCUUUUGCUUUUGCAUUUUCUUUUCAAAACUGGUAGUAAUGUUUACUUGUGUUUGUUUUCCCAUUUCUCUGCUAGUUUGCAUAGUAUUGCUGUUGGUUUAUUAGCUUGUUAACUGUUUAAGUAUUUUUCCAAUUCUAUUGUUGCUGAACAUUUUACAUUAGGACACUUCAUGUUCCUGAUUGAAUUUGCCAUAGUCUGUCCUAAAGAAUGUGUGUUUUCUGUAAUGAAUAAAAUUCUAAUUAUAAAAGUAUACUUCCUGUCCUAGGGGAAUAGAUUAGUUUAUAGAGUGCUUAUGUGUUUGUUGGAGGCCUUAUGUUGGAUCCCUCCAUAAAUACAGCACUUGGAGGUGGAGGCACGCUAUCAGAAACUCAAGGUCAUCUUCUACAUAGAGUAUGCAAGCUUAGCCUGGACUAUGUGAUGAACAAGGUGGAUUAAGUCUCAAAAAAUAAAAAUAUAAUUCUGGUGUGUGAUCCCAUAGAAGAACAUAUGAUUUCUUUUAAAUAAUAUGUCAUUUUAAAAUCAAAAGCCCUUAGUUUUAUUAUUUGCAUGGCUGUGGCUUCAGUAGCCUCAUUUGUCUUUUCUUUGGAAGCAGUUCAUAUUCGUUAAUGUCAAGUUUCUUCCAGAUUCCCUAAUUAUGUUUUCUAUUCUCCAACACUGUAAAUAUCAUCUCACGGAAACCAGACCCACAUCAUCCAUUCUCUCUUAUAACUUAAUAUUGAAAGGGGUAGAAUUCUCUUCAUUGUCUUUAGCUGAUGGGAGCACGUGGCGUGAUACUGAUGACAUAAAGUCAA